AUGAGCCAGAAUAUGAUACUUAUUUGUGCUGUCUCUAUGUUUAUUAUUGGUUGGCUGUAUCCGCUUUCUCAUCGUGGUGACAAGAAUGCCCAAAGAGUUGUUUUGGUUGCUACUAUCGUUCUGGAUUCGCUUGGCUUCCUUGUACUACUGUGUGCCGGCGCUUAUAAACUUUACUUUGUUGAUGAUGAUGAUGAUGCCAACAAUACCAGCGAUGACCAUGUUAUCAUCAACAUCACGGAGUUGGCCAGCGUUAGCCCCUCCAUCCUCAUCCGAUCAAUCCCCGUCGUUGAUUUUAACCCUCGGAACUUUGAGGACGGCGGCGUCGAGUGUGUGGUUUGUCUCUCUGAGCUCGACGAAGGAGACAAAGCCAAGCUCUUACCGAGCUGUAAACACUGGUUUCACGCCCAUUGCAUCGACCCUUGGCUUGAGUCGCACGCCACUUGCCCUAUCUGCAGGACGAGAGUACGCCUGUUCCAAACUAACGAACCAAGUUCCGGCAAUCUAACUUGUUCUGAUGGGCAUUCAGCAGAUGUGACGGAGGUUGUAGUAAACAUCCCGACAACCUUGGAAGUUGGAGAUUCGGGCCCCAUUACAUCCCUGACCCCACUAUGA